ACUGCUAUGGAAGAUGGAAAUGAAGUGGAAAUGAGAUGCAAUGAUAGCUUGUACAGCAGUGUGGCACGAGACUUCACUGUAAUUCACAAAAAUUUAUAUAGUUUUUAAAAAUUGUGUUCUUUUUACACAUCCUCAAUCAAAUUGAUGUUGGCUAAGAGUCUUCCUGCUAUCCGUGAUGGCAAACAAGACGAGAGCGCCUUAGCAAAAGUCCUAAACAACCGUGAAAAGUCUCCAUUCAGUCAAGAACACCUCACCAAGUGGUUGGACACCACAGAACGAGACAUCAAUGUCAUUCGGUCGUGUGUUGAGAUGAUAAUGCGUGAAUCAAAUGCCUGCAUCGUUCGCACAAAGACCGAAUUGGAUCGAGUGGUUCUCGCUCCAGGUGUCACAAAUGUUCUCGUCUAUGUUUUCACCAACUUGGACCCUACUGAUCCUUGGCUUGAUGCCAUGGCCAAAUACUUAGACACAUCCCAAUUCCAAGAAACCGAUGAAAAAUCGUCCUUCACAAAUGCUGAUAUCAUCCAAAUGAGAGAAGAUGUCCAAACGUUCCUUAAAUAUGCCAAACCUCUGAGGCGUAGCAGCAGCGUAAAGUUCCUCAUAACUGCCCUACCAAAUAAGAAAUACAAGGUAUCGACCAUCUACCAUUACAAGGACGGCCUUCUGUUCAGUGACAAGUUCACAGUGCCAUCCCUCCCAGCACCUGACAAGAUCACAGACAGAAAUGAAGUCAUCUGGCAGGCUACUGAUCUCACAUUGGAUGAAAAUACUGUCAACGCAAACCUCACUCUGUCUGAGGAAAACAAGAAGGCAACAAAUAGCAGCCCCAGGUCAUAUCCUUCUCACUCUGAGAGGUUUAUUGAUCAACCUCAAGUUCUCGGCAAAGAAGGGAUGACUGGUCGUCAUUAUUGGGAGGUUGAAUGGAGGGGUGAAACUUAUGUGGUGGCUGCAUACGCUUCAGCUCCAAGGAAAGGUACAGUGUUCUGGCCUCAAAUGGCAAAGUUUGGAGAUAUAGUUUCUUCCUGGGCAAUUCGAGUAAAGCAUGAUUUGCAAAUCCAGUUAAAAACCACGGGUGUGUCUUUUACGAUGUGGAAACACGCCUUUUCCGGCAUUCAAAAGCUGGGAGUGUUUCUCGACUGGGCAGGUGGUACGCUUUCCUUCUAUGGUGUCUCUGGAAACAAAAUGAAACACUACUACACCUUCAAGGAAGCAUUUGAUGAACCGAUUUAUGCAGGUUUUGCAGCAUACGACAAACAGAGUUAUGCUUUACUGUCAUCGUUUUAGACACUGCGGCAAGCGCCACAUUUGAUUUCAUGAUCAGCUAUACAACAGUUUUAGAUUCACUAGUUUUAAAACAGCUUUGUGGUUGCUAAAACCACCACUUUCAGGGCAGAAGUCCAGGAACGGUAUGGUCUAGCACGUUUAUCAAAGGGUGUGGUGGCAAGCUUAUGUUCUAUCCGUGUUAGAAGUGUUAGUUAUAAAUGUGUUAUGACUUGAUUUUUCCGUAGUGCACAUUCAUAUAAACUUGGCUUAUUAGAACAAAUCAGCAUAUUGUCUGUAGAACGCAUUCCCUCUGUCACUUUGUCCUAUAAACAAGGCCUCCAGCCAUCAUAGGCAAUUUCCCGUGGCGGUGUGUGUUAGGCUAAGUGGGCAGGACAUACCCUUGUGCCUGAUUUCCUUUCCUGAUAGAUUUUGUUGAACUAUCUUUCUUUUCCACCCUUCGGGGAAACUCUUGUGUGAGACUCCUAUGUGACCUGUCAUCAGCUGUCUCCUGCAGAAGAAAUCCACAAAAAAGAUCUGCUUGCUGUUGUAGAGUGAUUACCAUUACAACAUUCAAAUAAACAUCUUUGAAAUAGCACCAUGGUUGUCCCGUACGAUGGUCCAUUUCUUCAGGACUGAAUGGACAGGAAAUCACUGGGACUUCGAUUCCAAAGUGCGACUCCCGUGGAUUCCCAACAUCUUCCCAGUUGUUAUUGUCCUCAACAAGCUGCAAAAGCAUUCAACGACACAAUUCAUACUGUAAGCGGAAGCUUUUAGAAAACUACUUGAAUGAAAUUACUUCCAUAAAAAAAAUCUAUACAUAUGUUGCAUUUGUACCUUAUUGUCUGGCUCCUUGGUGGCCCAUGACCCACAGCUGCUUUGGUGUUACCUUUUCCUCGGUGUGUAUUGGGUGGUUGUCCCAAUCGUCCGAGAAUUUUGUAAAAUUCUCUUCCGUUUGUUGGGCGUGGUCUCCAAAGAGGUCAUUGCCUCACCAGUCAAGAACCUCACCGCACGUCACUGCUUAUUGGGACGCUGUAAAGUCAAUCACAGACCUCCAGAUGUAUACUUGACUUAAAAUCACGCUUACCGCUUUAUUGACAAGGCAUUCAUAUCUCAAGAUUACAAUUCCAGUGUUCAAGCCUGUUAAAAUCUAUAGAGUCCAGCAAAACAACUUUAACCGCCACAAUGGGUCUUGGCUGUUGCUUUCUUCCUGUAACACCCCCAAACAAUCAAGCAGUGUACACAGAGUGCCCUCUACUGACCAAACCAAGUAGUGAACACUAAAACAAAGAAAACAUGAUACAAUGUAGGCUGGAACAGAUACAUUGGGAAACAAUACUUAGGUGUUGCAUUCAAUGUCCACAACAAAAUACAGCAACGGACAAUCCAUGCGAUACUAAGUAAGUACACAGCCAGUAUCGCUGAUAUUGACACAGAUACUGUACCUUUUAAAUUGAAUUUUUCAAUAAAACUGGAUGAUUUUGUCAAUUUGGAUCAAUACACUUAUUUGUGAACAUUCCAUCAAUAUGAAAUACAACAAUAUCAACAAAAUAAUAUCAUGAUUCCCUUUUAUAACGUACAAUUGUUUGAGCAAAAUCAAAUCAACACUGCAAAAUUAAAAAAAAAGCAAAAACUACUAUUUUGCUCUCACUCAAAGCCUUCAAAAGCCUCCUGAAAGCGGUCCGUACCUCAAUGAGUGAAUCAUAAGAACUCAAGUCAGUAAAAGGAAUCAAAUGUAAAAGGAAUCAAAUCACUACUUUCCAGACCCAAUCAGGAAGUAAUGGAACAGGAAGUGACUUCAUCAGUUACAGCAUUUAGUGAUGACAUCAUACAGUCAAAUAAAACACCUUUAACUACAAAUGAAACCACUGCAGUCACCGUGUCUUUCUUUUGCAUAUGAAUAAAAACAAGAUGUAUUUAUUGAACAAAGACACAUGCAAAGAAUAUUACAACACAGUAGCAACACAGUGACUGCAUGGAAGUCAGGCGAGUCAAGCAGGAGACCAUCAGUGACUCUGCAUGUGUCUUAUCAAACCCGACUUCCAAGAAAAUGUGUCACCACAAUUUGAGCAACUAAACGUUUUUUGUCGUGUGCGUUCUCAUGUGACAGCACAUUUACUUUGAGAGAGAAGCUUUUACCAGACUGAGCAACUAAAAGGGUUUUCUCCUGUGUGUUCUCAUGUGUAAUUGCAUGUUUGCCUUUAAAGUGAACACUCUACCACAGUCUAAGCAACUAAAAGGUUUUUCUCCUGUGUGCGUUCUCGUGUGACUUUGCAUGUUUGCCUUUAAAGUGAAGCUUUUACCACAAUGUGAGCAACUAAAAGGUUUUUCUCCGGUGUGUGUUCUCAUAUGCAACCGCAUGUGUGUCUUUUGAGUGAAGCCUUUACCACAGUCUGAGCAGCUAAAAGGUUUUUCUCCCGUGUGUGUUCUCAUGUGACUUUGCAUGUUCGCCUUUAAAGUGAAGCCUUUACCACAGUGUGAACAACUAAAUGGUUUUUCUCCCGUGUGUGUUCUCAUGUGUAAUCCUAUGACUGACUUUUGAGUGAAGCGUUUUCCACAGUCUGAGCAACUAAAAGGUUUUUCUCCUGUGUGCGUUCUCAUGUGUAAUUCCAUGACUGACUUUUGAGUGAAGCGUUUUCCACAGUCUGAGCAACUAAACGGUUUUUCUCCUGUGUGUGUUCUCAUGUGUCGAACCAAAU